AUGGUUGCUCAGUUGGACAAGCUGGCGCCAACUUCCGCCUUGAUUGCCUCGAACUCGAGCAGUUAUCCAAUUUCCGAGAUUAUUGAGGGUUUGGAACUUUCAAAUGAACGGCGUGUGCUCAGUGCUCACAGUUACUGGCCUCCAGAAUCUUCUGCACUGGAAAUCAUGGGCCAUCAACGCACAAAUCCGGAAUACAUAUCCUUGCUGAUGGAGGAGUCUCGAAAGCAUGGUUUUAGCCCGUACCAUGUGAAAAAAGACUCAAUGGGUUAUAUUUAUAAUCGAAUAUGGGCUGCGAUCAAACGGGAAGCCCUUCUAACUGCAGCCGAGGGCGUUGCGACGCCUUCCGAAAUAGAUGGGAUAUUCAAGGAUGUCUUAAAGACCCCAAAAGGCCCCUUCGAGCAAAUGGACGUGGUGGGAUUAGACGUCGUGCUCAACAUCGAAGAACAUUAUGCAGAGAAGCGGCCAGACAUACCUUCAGAGCCUCGUGACUACCUCAAGAAAUUGAUUGAAAAUGGACAGUUAGGUGUCAAAAACGGACGGGGUUUCUAUAACUACUAG